CAGUCUCUGCAAAGUUGAAUGAUUGAGUAGAUCUCAUUUUACCUGUUCAUUUUGGUAAUGUUUUAACAACGUUUUGUUAACCAGAAACAUUUUUUCACUAUUAGGGAUAUUAUAGUGAAAUUAUGAGAAAAAAAGGAAUACUUCAGAGGUCUCUACCAACCUUGGCCAUUCUGUGAUUCACUCAGCAGAACCUCCUAUCUGUAUGUCUCGGUAUUCUUCAAAAAUGAUUUUUUUUUUUUUAAUUAGUGCUUCUAGAAAAAAAAAGCAGUAGAACAGAUUAUGAAACCCCUCGCUUGUCUUUAUGAUAAACAGAUUUGAACCCACAGAUGUUUUUGUUAGUGCAAAAUAACAACAUGGAAACUAGAAAACUUACAUAAAAAUAAUUUGACCUUAAGCAGUAAGUGCGUAAGAAACAUUUUCAAAAUGAAAUACGGGUAUAAUUGCUGACAAAAGACAGAGGAGGUGACUGCGUAAAUCCUUAACUCUUUAUUGAGCCAGGAAUGAGUUCAUUCUCUGUGUUCCUCCCAACAGGAUAACGCCUGGAGCUGUUACAACACGCCUGCAGCCAGCACUAAGUACCUCCCUUUGGUGGAGGGCAACAUACGCAGGCAUAGCAGAGCUUCGGCUCUUAUCUUACCUCAUCUAAUCUGUGGUUGUCAUGUGGUGAGCAGGAUGGUAGAAUGUGUUUGUAUUUGGUAGAUACAAUUUGGAAAUAGUGCCGGAAAGCACAACAAAAAAAGCAGGGUGGGACAAACAGGAUAAGCAACGAUUAUUCUCCACAGCUUUCCUGAAGUGUUUAUAACUGGCUUAGCGAGUUCAGCAAAUGUGUUUACGGUGUACUUUUACCAAGAAUGAGAACCUGCCUCGGCAGUCCCAAAGUGCCUGUGAUUUCUGAUUACUUUGGAAGGAACCUAGGAACGUGCUUUGCUCUAUCUGACCAUGUAUUUUCAGGGUGAAACUGUGGACAUGGCCUCAGAUACAAUGAUUUUUUCCCCCUCUGGAGAAUUUGGGCAAAAAUAAUAGCAGCUGAAUUCUGUCCCGAGUGGUAAAGCUCUACAGGUCACUUGCAGACUCAAGAUGUGGACAAAAUGGCUGGGAAAAGGGAGAAAUUCAACUGUUUGUCAUGGCAUAAUGUGGGAAACAUUACAGCAAAAACAUUACUUUCCUGUAAGAUCACAACAGCAUUUCUGUCUUUACUUAUUGCAGAGAAAUAUGAAGCCUAUGAUGUGAUGUUUAGGCACAGUCUUGUGCCUGCUGGGCAGCCUCUUGCUAUUACAUGUUCUCUGGAAAAGAGCUUGAAUGUUAAAAGUGGAGACUACAACUUAACAUGGUAUAAAGUUGGUAACCAGACAGCUGUGCCUAGAGACAAACUUUCUAGAAUUCAUCAGCAGAAGAAUUUAAUUUGGUUUCUCCCUGCAAUGUUAGAAGAUUCUGGAGAUUAUGAAUGUGUCAUAAGUUGCAGGAAUUUGACAAACUGCAGCAAAAUGUCUACAAAAGUAACGGUUUUUGAGAGGAUUAAUGGUUCAUGCUUAAACGAAAAAUUUGCUGUAGAGGAGGUGGUAUUUACUUUAUCAUCUGCAAAGGUUGUGUGUCCACACUUGAAUUACUUCAGGAAUGAGAAGAAUAUUCUGCCUGUUCGCUGGUAUAAGGACUGUCAGCUAUUAAAAGGGAGAAGGUUUGCCUUUUUAAACAGUGAUCUUGUGAUUUUCAAUGUGACUAUGCAAGAUCAAGGAAACUAUACUUGCAAAACAACAUAUAUCUACAAUGGAAAGCAAUAUAACAUUUCACGAGAUGUUAUUCUGACUGUAGCAGUGAGCCCACCAAAAAAGCCUCCAGAAAUAUCUUAUCCACGGAACAACUCCAUUGAAGUGGAACUUGGCUCACAGGUUACAGUGGAUUGCAAUACAACAGGUGCUGAUGGGUAUGAAGUGUUUUGGACAGGCAACGGUGUGUAUAUUGAUGUAUUUUAUAUGAGCAGAAUUUUUGCAAGGCCUUAUGAGGAAGAAACUUCUUAUGAUGGACGCCCUAUCUAUUCUGUGAAGCUCAUAAUUUCAGAAGUGAAUAGUGAAGAUUAUGAACAACCAUUUGUCUGUCAAGCUUCAAAUGCCUUUGGGCAGGUUGCAUCCUAUAUUAUAUUAAAACACAGAGUUCCUGAUACACGAACAUGGCUGAUUGGAGGGCUUCUCUCUUUGUUGCUUUUAACAUUUAUUAUUUUAAUAAUCUAUAAGAUUUUCAAGAUUGACCUGGUGCUUUGGUACCGGGAUUCUGGAUGUGCCUUUUUAAGCAAGGAAGAAACAUUUGUGUUUGUUUUAGAUGGGAAAAUCUAUGAUGCGUAUGUCCUGUAUACAAAAGGCAGUGGAGGCAGCAGCUUCUAUCAUCUGGAAAACUUUGUUCUUGGAAUUCUCCCCAGUGUUUUAGAACAACAAUGUGGAUAUAAUCUCUUUAUAUUAGGAAGGGAUGAUUUACCAGGAGAAGAUAUGGUCAGUGUUGCUGAUGAAACCCUUAAGCAAAGCAGAAGGCUGAUGAUUAUUUUGGCAUCGGAAACACCUAGUUGCCUGUUAGAAGAUGCUUGUGAACAACAAUUAGCUAUGUACAAUGCUCUCAUCCGUGAUGGGACUCAAGUAAUUCUUAUAGAAAUGGAUGAAAUACUGGACUACACAAGCAUGCCAGAAUCAGUCAGGUACAUUAAGCAAAAACAUGGGGCUAUCCAAUGGAAAGGAGAUGUCUCAGAAAAAUCUUGUUCAGCAAAUACAAAAUUCUGGAAGAAUGUACGCUAUCAGAUGCCACCUAAGAAAAAAAUGUCUCAUUCUGAAAUUUAUUUAUUGCGCCAAACUUUGAACAGUUCCACCACAAAGGGAAAUUAAGCCCCACUUACUAAAAUAAUACUGCAAAGGUAAUUAUAAAAUGCUUUCUACAGAAAUUCUGUGUGUUACGAACAGUGUUUUCUUCAAGGAGUAUGAACUACUCAUCCUGUCCCCAAAUUAUAUCCCUAAUAGGAAAAUUCUGUGCAACUUUGUUUCUGUUUGUGCUAUGGAUAGUGACACAAUUUAUUGUGUUGGCCUCAACCAGACAUUUGAAGUAAGUAUGCAGAUCUUACUGGACUGUUAAAUAGUGGUAAUCUACAGAAAUGAAAUAUCCACUGAAGAACCAACCUUGAAGUCCAUUUGUUUCCUAAUUCAAACUGCAGAUGAUAAAUUAAAAACAUUUGUGUAGGCUGCGUUUUCCUAGUCUUUCUGUUCUUCUUGUUGCCCCUCCGUGGUUGUCUGACUUCCUCAUUACCGCAAGAAUUUGUACUGUGCAAGUUCUUGGGGCCCUUCCUGAGCAACAGUCCUCAUCAUUGCUUCUUUAUAGGGAUGGUGAAAUAUAUGACAUGGCAGGUGUAUUUUAAACUACUCAUGACACUGCAUGCAUUUCAGCUGAACAGUUGAUUACCAAAUGUGUUAGAGGAAUGGAGUGAAAUCCACGACUUCUUAAACAUUUAUUGAAUAAUCCUGUGAGAACUCGUACAGUAUUUUUGUUUGUUUUUUUGUUUGUUUUUUUCCUAAACUUUGAAACAGUCAGGAAAAUGAAAAUAUUUCAGGUUUCUUGCAAACUUGAAGCUUUCUAGACUGUGCUGCUACUCAGGAAAACAUAUUCUCAUUCUGUGUCUCACCUGUGUUACCUACAAGCCUAGAAAUUUCACUGAGAAUUUGUCAAAGGUGCUGUGCUUGGGCUGAGCAUCCUGGAUAGGGUGGAAAGUGGCCAGUUCUGAAACCUGAACAGGAGCAGAUGGCAAUAAAUCAUAUCCUGUUUAUUUACGGCCAAAAAAAAGUAAUAAAAAAAAAUAGAGGCAUGUGCUUCCAAGAUCUUUUUCGCUUGUGUUAAAAAACAGAAUCUUCUUAUUUCCAUGGGAUGUAGCAAGGGAAAUAAUAAAGAAAAGAUGCUGAAAACAUGGUUGAUUUUUUCAACUUUAAAUUUUGUUUUAGAGCACCUAAAAAUAAAUAAUAGUAAUUAAAAAAAUGACUCUAGGAUUUGUAGUAUUACAGAGAAGUACAUUGAUUUGUAUGGAGUUGUGCUGUAUUUUUUGUUUCAUCUGUGAAAGUGCUGUGAUGAUUUCUGGUGACUUUUUUUGUAGUUCUUUUCAGAUGUUUGCUACAAUAUUAGAGACAAGCAUUUUUCCACUAGGACUCUUAAGGACUGUAAAUGAAGACAGAUGAUUGUAAAUUGGCAUUUAUCUACCUGAGACUUUCUUUUAAGCAACCACAUUCAGUAUGAGUAUUUAGGCAUUUUAAGUUUUGUGUGUGUGUGAUAAAGUGGGGGAGGUUUUGGUUAUUGUGGUUAAUUGUUAGUUAACUACUGGAGUGCAGCCCAACACAAAGUGCCUUAACCUUCUACUGUGGGAGUUUGUUUGCAGUUGAAUUUUGUGUCUGUUUUCUCUACUUGGAAACUUUUUUUUAGUUCAAUAAAAGAACUCCCAUAGAGACAGA